GUUCCUUCCCCUUUUUCAUGCAUGUCAUGAGACUGCCUGUUGCUUGUUCCAGCACGUCCAGACCACAAAGUACAAAUUAAAAUCCUUAUCCCGUUGUUAAAUGAAAUAGGGGAUGAGUUCCUUUCAUCGUGAGGUGCUGCUUUUCUUAAAUCUGAUCAGCCUCGUUUCAGGGCUGCAGAUUGCAACAUCAUCUUUUUCCCAGAUGCCUUUCCUUACAGUGUGGAACGCCCCUACUGCCAGCUGUCUCUCUAAAUAUGGCGUGGACCUCGACUUGGGCACGUUCAGCAUCGUCCAGAACCGGAAUCAAACCUUUAUGGGUGACAACAUAACCAUCUUUUACUCUGAAAAGCUCGGUCUGUAUCCCAGGUACACCAGCCAAGCAGAGGCUAUCAAUGGCGGGGUGCCGCAAAACGCCAGUCUUGAUGAGCACCUCAGAGUGGCCUCUGAAGACAUCCACACCUGGAUCCCUGACAGGGAUUUCCAGGGCCUGGCUGUGGUGGACUGGGAGAGCUGGAGACCUGUAUGGGAGAGAAACUGGGACAGUAUGCAAGUAUACUUGGUGGAGUCAAGAGCACUAGUGAGGUCCAGGCAUCCAGACUGGAGCCCUGCACAGGUAGAUGCUGCAGCGUGCGUGGAGUUUGAGGAAGCUGGGAGGAAGUUUAUGGAGGAAACACUGAAGCUGGGGCAGCGGGAGAGACCAAAUGGGCUGUGGGGUUAUUAUGGUUUUCCUAACUGCUACAACAACUACGACAAAAGCACAAACUACACAGGGGAGUGUCCACCUGUAGAGCUGAAGAGGAACGACAAGCUGUUGUGGUUGUGGAAUGUCUCCUCCGCUCUUUAUCCUGAAAUCUACCUCAGCCUGGAGCUGCGAGACCUCAGCAAAGAAGUGCUCCUCUACACCCACCACCGCAUCCUGGAGGCCAUGAGGGCAGGAGCUCGGCUGACUUCAUCCACGCCGCCCGUGUUCCCAUACGCUCGCAUCGUCUACACGUACACGUUAGAUUUCCUCUCUCAGGAGCACCUGGUCUACACUAUCGGAGAGAGUGCUGCUUUAGGAUCUGCAGGGGUGGUGCUUUGGGGCGACAAUGCCUUCUCCAAAUCUAAGGCAACUUGUAAUGCUGUAAAAUCCUACAUUGACGAGACUCUGGGUCCUUACCUGGUUAACGUAACCGCGGCGGCCGCUCUUUGCAGCCAGACAAUGUGUUCCUCUCAGGGAAGAUGCCAGAGGAGGAACCCAAACUCAAGCGCCUACCUCCACCUGGACCCUGCCGUGUGGAAUGUGUUGUCUGAGAAGAAACCAGAGGGAGGGCAGAACUACAGAGUUUUAGGACAGAUGAGAACACAUGAGGUGACGUUCAUCAAGUCUAAGUUUCAGUGCAGGUGUUACCCAGGGUGGGGCGGUGAGAGCUGCUCCAAACCGAUUUGGGGAUAAAAGACUUUUCUUGAGCGAGGUAAUCCAAUCACAGUAUUUGUCUAAUAAAUAGCAGAAAAGUCUGUAAAAAGUGUAAAAAUGAACCAGAUAGAUCGGGCCUUGUUUGGCCCAGAGACAUGAGUUUGUUGUCUCCUGUAAAUGUAUUAUUACCUUUUUUUUAUAUUUCCUUUAUUUUAUAUAUAUAUAUAUAUAUAUAUAUAUAUAUCGCAGAUAAUGUAAAAUAAAUCCCAUUAGCAAAUGUAAGCGGAUCAAUUUUUACAUUCCAGUGAUUUGUUUUAAAAAAUGAUAAAUGUGGUGUUUAAUAACAUAACGUGUAAAAUCUUUUUACAACUAGAGUUCUAGAAAUCCGCCUCAAACUGUCUAAUAAAAAUACAAUCUAGUUCUCA